UGAGGGCCUGAUCUUAACCCUGAGCCUGUGGUCAGGUUGACUGCUGCUGCUUUUCUCUUAAUUCUAAGUCAAGUGUAGUUUUUAUACUAGGCACAUCUCCGGAGAGCAGAGCGGCCAACAACAAACUUCAGGACCCGAACAGGAGCUCGGUUUGUCGGAUAUAAAGUCCUCAGAGGGUCCGGUGACAUCCAGCGUGGAGAUACCUGCGUGUUAUUUGUGCCAUGUUUUUCUAACGUUUCACGGAUUAUUGGAUGAAGCCCACACCUGCAGCGGAGCGUCCACUGUGAAGCAGGAUGAACGGAUAUGAACCUCCAGCUCUCGCCUCGGGCAUCUUCAGCUCCUCCAGCUCACAGAUCAAUGGCCAUGGCUCUCAGUCUCCUGAGCCCUCCAACAAUAAAGCCAAGUCCAGUGCCAAAGCUCUCUAUGAACAAAGAAAACAUUUCACCAAAACCAGCAUCAACAGCCUGACGGACACGUCGCAGUAUCAUGUCGAGCACCUGACCACGUUUGUUUUGGACCGCAAAGACGGGAUGAUCACGGUGGACGACGGGAUCCGACGUCUCCGCCUGCUGGACGCUAAAGGGAAAGUUUGGACUCAGGAGAUGUUGCUGCAGGUGGAGGAGAAGACGGUCAGCCUCAUCGACCUGGAGACCAAGAACGAGUUGGAGAAUUUCCCCAUCGGGACGAUCCAGCACUGCCAGGCCGUGAUGAACGCCUGCAGCUUCGACUCCAUCUUGGCUCUGGUGUGUAAAGACUCGGGUCAGACCAAACCGGACCUCCACCUGUUCCAGUGUGAUGACAUCAAGGCGAAUCUGAUCCACGCCGAUGUAGAAAGUGCCAUGAUCGAUGCCAAAGGAGGCAAAGUGAAGAAGAGACCAGAAGCACUAAAGAUGAUUUUAAAGAGUGACGGGAUCAUCCCUCCUCCACCGGCCGCUCCCGCCCCCGAGCCUCCGGUGACGUCCAACCAGCUGGAUGUAAAGAGUCGAGCGGCUGCAUGGUCAGCCUGGACCAAUGAGCAGCAAGACUAUGAGAAGCAGAGACAGGUGUGUUUGGAGGACAGUCCGGUGGAGAUGACGGCGGCCCGAGUGGACCGAGACGUGCAAAUCCUGAACCACCUCCUGGACGACAUCGAGUUCUUCGUCACCAAACUUCAGAAAGCCGCUGAGGCGUUUACGGCGCUUGCCAAGAGGAAGAAGACCAAGAAGGGGAAGAAGAGAGGACCGGGAGAGGGCGUCCUGACUCUGCGCUCGCAGCCUCCCGGUGAGGACGAGUUUGUCGACUGUCUGCAGAAGUUCAAACACGCCUUCAACCAGCUGGGGAAACUGAAGGAUCACAUCCAGAACCCGAGCGCCGACGAUCUGCUUCACUUCCUGUUCACUCCUCUCAAGAUGGUGGUGCAGACGUCCGGCAGCGUGGAUCUAGCUCGGAGCAUCGUGGUUCCUCUGCUCACCCGGGAGGCCAUCGACUUCUUGCACGGCUCGGGGACGGCAGAGGAGAGACACCUGUGGGUCGCCCUGGGAGACGGCUGGACCAAGUGCAGGUUGGAGUGGCCAAAGGAUCACUACUUCCCCCCCUGUGUGCUGAGGUUUCGGGAUGGCUGGGAGCCUCCGGUGCUGCCGGCGAUGGUGGCAGUGGCUCCGUCCAGAGAGGAGCUGAACCAGCUCGCGGAGAGUCUCGCCAACGCCGAGAUCAUGAGACACGAGGAGCUAAGGGCCCGACUGAACCAGGAGCAGACCGUCGUGCAGACCUUCCCUCCUGCAGACGGGAGUUUUGACGCCGACAGUCGAAGCCAACAAACUCUGUUUGCCAAAUCGAAAUACGACUUUGUGGCGAGAAACAACACGGAGCUGUCGGUGAUCAAAGACGAGGUCGUCGAGGUUGUGGACGACAGGAAGCAGUGGUGGAAGGUUCGUAAUGGCUGCGGGGCGUCGGGCUAUGUGCCAAACAACAUCCUGGAGAUCACCAAAGCCGUCGACAUCACCGGCAGAGGAGAGCCAAUAUACAGCCACACCAUACAGCAAUUACUGGGAGAGUUGAACGAGAAGCAGACGUCCAGGACCGACCUCGUCCCAAGUAAACCGGUUGUGACUCCGAUGCCUCCGGCUCCUACGCCGCCUCCCCCGGCCCCAGCCCUCGCCAGGCUCCCCACGCCGCCACUGCCUCCUCCGGCCGUCGAGCCCCCGAAGAUGGCGGCCAGCAGCAGCACGGUCAGCCGACAGAACAGCAACGCAUCCAGCGACAACGGAAGCGUCGCCAUGAGAGAGAACAACAAACAGAGACCUGCAAACGCCAACCGCAGGAAAUCCAACAUGGAGGAGGUUCAGGACGAGCUCAUGCACAGGCUGACGUUGGGUCGCAGCACUCAGAAGAAGUUUCCGGUUCCUUCUCGCAGCGGCAGCAUGCCGGUCGUCAGCAUCACCUACGACUCCUCACCUGAGCACGUGAAGGCGUGGCUAGAGGCCAAAGGCUUCAGUCCAGUCACCAUCACCAGCCUGGGCGUCCUGACCGGAGCUCAGCUGUUUUCUCUCAACAAAGAGGAGCUGAGGACGGUCUGUCCCGACGACGGAGCUCGAGUUUUCAGCCAGGUCACCGUCCAGAAGGCGGCGCUGGAGAGGAGUUCAGGCUCUGAGCUCCAGGAGAUCAUGAGGAGGCGGCAGGAGAAACUGGCAGCCAGCACCGUUGAUUCAGGGGUGGAGUCUUUUGAUGAAGGCAGCACCCACUGAGCUCUCUCUCUCUCUCUCUCUCUCUCUCUCUUCUUCCUUUACUUUUUUUUUUUUUUUUCAAACCGCAGCCUGCUGUUUUUCUCGCACUCUUCAUCCUCAGGCGGCGGCCACCUACGCCGAGUUUGUGGAGAUCAUGCGGCGCAGGCAGGAACUCCUCAGCUCGUCUCCGUAGGAACAUUUAAAGAGCUACACGGCUGACUGUGGGAACCGUCCCGAUAAACAGGAAGUACUCUGCCAUGUUUGCCUGAAGUUCACCUGAACACUCUCUGGGGAUCGUUUGUGCUUCUCUACCUGGAGGAGUUUAUUAUUUUCCAAAGCAAACCUCUCAGUAUUAAUGUCAGAAGGUUAUCCGCUCCAGUUUGUGCCUCGUGUUUCAGAACCAUGAAGUCCAACUGCGAUUCAAAAUAUUCAGAUUUAAGAUCGACGCUCUGCUCCUCACUCAUUAAUCAUCAUCUUCACCUCUGACUUGAAUGUAUUAAGAAUAAAAAGAGACACAAACUGGAGCUCGCUCAGACAGGUCGAUGGUUAAUGUGUACAGAGAACGAAAGAAAACGAAUGUUGGCUUGAGUAUUUUGAAGGAAAUUCACAAAAAAAAAUAUAAAUAAAUGUACAAUUCAGAUUUAUGGCGGAUAGAAAUAUGAUAUUCAUAGCAGAGCUUUUUCUUUCAUUCUAAAGUUACAUCAAAGUUUAAAUAAUAUAAUUAAUAGAAUAAAAAGACGGAAAAAGCAAAGAAAGGCCCCGUGUCCACCUGGCGUUUUUUGAAAAGUGCUGACUGUGCGCUCUAGAGCGUUAGCAUGAAGCAUUUGUGUGCUAAGAAUAAAAAUCGCUGCACGUCCGUCCUGUCUCCAUGACAACAGUCUGUUAACAACAGCUGCUGUAUGACCGAGACAAUGCUCCGGGAAAUAAACGAUCUCAAAUUUGAAAAAAAAGUCUAGUAAAAAGUAACGAUCAGUCACGGAGCGAGGAAGAUGUGGGUAAGAGACACGAUCCGUAGGCGGGAAUAUCAAAGAUUUGGAAAAGAGCGCCGUCGACGUCUAUAGCGCCACUUUUGGAAAGUUGAAAGAUUUUCAACUCGAAGCACUUGGAAAGGCCGCUCAAAAAAGACAAGAGCGCUCAGAAAAACGAUGCUGGGUGCUGCUUUCCUUGUGAACGCUCUCUACUCAUAUGAAAACAAUUUUAAAAAAGAUGCUGGUGCUCAGAAAAAUGACCUCAGGUGGACACGCGGCCUAAGUCAAAAUGUUUUUCCUGAAAAGCAGAAUAACUUAUAAAAACAAUAAUAAAGUCUAAUUUAUGUACAUGAUGUGAUUUAGAGUUAGCGGCAGGAAGACGUUAUCAGAUUUGGCAAUUUUGCACAUUAAAUGAUAAAAAUCUAAACGUUCCUCUGCAGGAGGCGAGUGAAGAAUCAAACGUGGAAAAAGAUUCAGAAUCAGUUUAUUGUUUUUUUUUUUAAGCCGUCAGCUGAUUAAUCAUCUUUACAGAAGCUAACCCUCUGAUUGUACCAACUUCUCCUCCUCGUAUAAACACUUAAGAAACGAUUGUAGUCGCUUUAUACAUGCUGACUGUUUUAUUUAAGCUCCGCCCACAGAUACAGGUAGCCUCAUGAGUUGACGUCAGGUGAGCCUGUAGGAGGAGACGCAAUCUUAAUGUUAACAGAUCUUUUCCUUAAGUUAUAUAUUUUCUUACGGAAGCCCUAAGUGGACAAACCUCCUCCUUACAUGCUGGCCGCAAACUGCCUCUACCAUUACUCCAACAUCUGCUUUAAUUUCACGAUUCACAGCAAACUCUUUCCGUUUUAUUUGCUGAAAGCCAUCAAAAGCUGCUUAGAAGUCAAAGGUUAAGCAAAAAAAACAAAAACAUUUUUUUAACACGAGCACAAACUAAAAACACCACGACUGUUUGCACAGAUCAGCCUGAAGCACCAGAUCAUCCUCCAGCUGGAGGAAAUGUUCAUUACACCACAGAUAUAUGUAUGUAUGUAAAUGCUUGGAUAUAAGAUGUACAGAAAUCAGCCAGUACAUUCUUUAACCUCUGUGGCAUUGAUUGUAUUAUUUUCUCCUCUUAUGCACUUAAAGUGUCUCGGAUGUAAAACGUGGGAAAAUAUGAAGAAAGUUUGUGGAGAAACACUGAACUAAUAUAAAUGAAUAAAAGCUGAAUAGAUGUUUGUUAAUGAGAGAAGCAUUUUCUGUAUUUAGUGAACUGUCCUCGUACUCAAACAGUUCUAGAGCCAAUCAGAAAAAAACGUUAGCGAGAAGUCACUGCUGAAAUGCAUUUGUAUGUGUAUAGUUUUCAUGGUGCCUUUUUCAUUAUGAAUCUGCUCAUUCUGCAAUAAACAUUUACAGAAAUAA